CAUAUCAUCUUCCCCUCAGCCACAUAGGCACCGCCCACCAUGAGCUUCGAAGCCGAUGUCUAUGGUUCAAACACAAAAUCCCUCCACUUUCUUUUCGUGCCUCUCAUGGCACAGGGCCACAUGAUCCCCAUGGUCGACCUAGCUAGGCUCCUCGCGGCCUGUGGCGCCUUUGUUACCUUUGCCACUACUCCGAUCAACUUGGCCCGCAUUCAACCCAUUAUUGAUGGGGCAGCCGCCUCUGCCCUUCCGAUCCGCUUUGUCGAGCUCUACUUCCCAGCUAUGGAUGUCGGUCUUCCCGAUGGUUGUGAGAGCGCCGAACUCGUUCCGUCCGCUGAUUUGUUCCUCACAUUCAUGAAUGCUCUAUCUCUCCUCCGCAAACCGCUUGAGACCUACCUGCAUAGCCCUGACCUAGCUCGAUGGCCAAAGCCAACAUGUCUUAUCUCUGACAACCUUCAACAUUGGACAGCCGAUGUUGCCCGCACCCUUGAUGUCCCCCGUUUCAUCUUUCAUGGCCCAUCAUGUUUUUUCCUCUUAUGUGGACUCCUCAUCAAACAACAUAGGGUUGAGCUUGAGGUUGCGAUGGAGGAAACAUCAAGCGGGCCUAUCUUGCUUCCAGGUCUCCCACAUCCUGUUCGGGUCAACAAGCACGAGUUAACCUCGGUCAUGCGCUCGGACCCUAACUGGUCCAAAUACAUGGAAUCCGUCAGGGUGGCAGAAGAAUCGGCCGAUGGUGUGCUUGUCAAUAGCUUUGUCGAGCUUGAGCCUUGGUACUUUGAGAGAUAUCACGAAGUGACAGGCAAGCCAGUGUGGCCUAUUGGGCCACUCUCACUUUAUAAGGAAGAGCUUGAUGCCAAGGCGACACGCGGGAAAGUUUCGUCUAUUGACAAUAAGCUCCUCUUCCGGUGGUUAGACAACCAAAAGGCCGGUUCAGUGGUGCUCGUUAGCUUUGGAAGCAUUGUACGCAACACCAUAGCCCAGCUCAUGGAGUUGGGCUACGGGUUGGAAGCUUCGAGUCGACCAUUUAUUUGGGUUGUGACUGAAGUUGCUGAGAGGCAAGUUCCAGGGGUGGAGGAGUGGAUAACAGAGUUUGAGAAGAGGGUGGAGGGAAGAGGAAUGGUGAUAAAGGGUUGGGGACCACAAAUACUGAUGUUGGGGCAUGUAGCGGUAGGGGGCUUUGUGACACAUUGUGGUUGGAAUUCAACACUGGAGGCAAUAGCGACAGGGGUGGUAAUGGCUACAUGGCCACACUUCUUUGACCAAUUUUUAAAUGAGCAAUUAGUGGUGGAUGUUCUCAAAAUUGGGGUAGCAGUUGGCGUCGAAAAGCCGAAAUUGUUUGGUGUAGGAGAUGAUAAUGAGGUUGCGGUGAAAGUGACGAGGGGGGAGGUCGAGAAGGUUUUGGAGAGGCUGAUGGGGGGAGGAGAGGAAGGGGAUGAGAUGAGGGAGAGGGCAAAGGAGCUCAAGGAGAAGGCUAGAAUGGCUAUGGAGGAAGGAGGGUCUUCAUGGAAGGGAUUGCAGGAUGCAAUUAACUAUGUGUUAGAUAGCCAACAUAAAUACAAGGUCAUGCAACUCAAGAAUGAGUUACACAACAUAGCCAUGAAAAACAUGACUAUGCAAACCUAUCUUACCGAGAUAAAGAAGAUCAUGGACAACAUUGCCUCUGCUGGCUCCACAAUUGACACUGAGGAUAUCAUCCUCCAUAUUCUGAAUGGGCUUCCACCUGCAUAUCAAUCGUUUAAAACGGCUAUCCGGACACUACAGACCCCUCUCAAGCUUGAUAACCUUUUAUUGCUUUUAUUGAAAAACAAACGAAUCACAAAGUUAAAGCAAUUCGCACUGACGGAGGAGGUAUCUUGUCCAUAUACACCGGAACAGAAUGGAGUGGCAGAGCGCAAGCAUCGCCACAUUCUCGAUACAACCAAGACUUUGCUUCAUACGGCUUCUAUACCUCUUACCUACUGGUAUGAAGCAGUCGAUACAGCGGUGUACCUAAUCAACAGAUUUCCCUCUCACACCAACCAGAACUACUCCCUGCUACAACUAAUGUUCAACACUUCUCCGGACUACGCUCACAUGAGAACAUUCGGCUGCGCUUGUUUCCCUCUCCUCCCGCCGCAUUCUUUUAACAAACUUCAACCCAAAUCUGCUACCUGCGUGUUUUUGGGCUACUCAGACAAGCACAAAGGAUAUAAGUGUUUUAACCAAGAAACCAAUACCAUAACUAUCUCUAGACACGUUCAAUUCAUUGAGAACUUGUUUCCUUUUCAACAACAGUCUCCACCUCUCACCACACCAAUGCAAGCUCUGCCCACUCAACUUCUUCUACCGGUCUCCAAAGUGCAGGAAGGAUAUCGUCCUGCAUUGAUCAACUCCAGCAACAUACCAACUACGCUGCCUCCCCUACUCGAAUCUACAACUACAUCCCACUCACCGACCAGAAUCUCCUCUGCUCUAAAUCAAGAUCCUUCUUAUGUUCAGCCUACCACACAACAUCACAUGACAACUCGAUCCAAAACAGGUUCCCUUAAACCAAUCUCUCGUUUAAAUUUGCUUCAUCAGGUUGCUCAACUGGAAACACAAAAUGUCCCCACAAGCUACUCCGAAGCUAUCAAGCAUCCUGAAUGGCAUCAAGCUAUGGCAGAGGAGUUUGCGGCGCUUCAACAGCAAGGCACUUGGGACCUAGUCGCACCACCGUCCAAUGCAUCCAUUCUCGGGUGCAAAUGGACAUUUCACAAGAAAUUUAAUUCAGACGGGACAGUAUCAAGAUUCAAGGCUCGUCUCGUCGCACAAGGCAACCGGCAAGAACAUGGACUGGAUUAUGAAGAAACCUUCAGCCCCGUUGCAAAGCUGCCCACCAUCCGGGUUCUCUUCACCGUUGCAUUAUACAAUGGAUGGCAAGUGCAGCAGCUUGACGUCACGAAUGCAUUUCUUCAUGGCAGCCUGGACGAAACGGUAUUCAUGCGUCAACCCAAAGGCUUCGAAGACAACAUGUCACCGGACCACGUCUGCUGUCUCAAGAAAGCCAUAUACGGGCUCAAACAGGCUCCUAGACAGUGGUACACCACAUUCACUACUCAUCUCAUCAAUAUCGGUUUUCAGCAUAGCAAGGCAGAUCCCUCGCUGCUCGUCUACCGUCGGCAACACACUCAGCUGUUUCUACUUGUGUAUGUGGACGAUAUUCUAAUCACGGGCAACGACAACGAAGCCAUAGCCAAUCUUCUACACAACUUACACUCCAAAUUCACUAUGAAACAACUCGGCUUAGCUCGUCAUUUUCUCGGGAUCACUAUUCAAUCCACGCAAGAUAAGUAUUUUUUGUCACAGCAAUCUUAUGCUCAAUCUCUACUUGAGCAAACUAAUCUACAACAAUGCAAUUCUCUGUCUAAUCCAUCUUCUACUAAACAGCCCAUUCAAUUCAAACAAGACAAUACCAUUUCAGAUGCUGUCACCUAUAGGAAAAUCACGGGAGCACUUCAGUAUUUAACCAUUAAGCGUCCAGACAUAGCUCAUGCCACCAACACUCUGUCUCAGCAUACGCACGAUCCUCAACCCAUUCAUUUUCAUCUCUUAAAAUGUCUCCUUCGGUAUAUCCGUGGCACAAUCAACUUCGGACUACCUAUUACAAAAUCCUCCAUGAUCCUUCGCACUUUCUCAGACGCCGACUGGGCAGGGGAUCCGAUAACCAGGAAAUCAACAUCUGGUUUUUGCACUUUUCUAGGAGACACACUGGUUUCCUGGACCGUGAAGAAGCAGCACACCGUAUCUCGAUCGUCCACAGAAUACGAAUACAGGGCAUUGGCCGCAGCUACCGCGGACACAAUCUGGUUGAAACGUCUUCUUGCUGAUUUCAACAUUCUGCACAAUACCCCGAUUGCAGUGUAUUGUGACAAUACAUCGGCAAUAGCUUUGGCGAACAAUCCGGUCUUCCACGCACGCACGAAGCAUAUUGAGAUUGAUCAAAGAUUCAUCCGAGAUCAUAUUUCAAACAAAACCAUCAGUUUUCUUCCAAUAAGCACUGUGGAUCAGAUCGCAGACAUAUUUACCAAACCUCUUCCUACUCUUCGGUUCAAAUAUUUGCGAUCCCAGCUGACGAUCAUAGAGGAAUCGCAAUCCGGCGAACUCUUCUCUCGCUGGCACACUCGUUUCCACAAGGCCUACCUACGCAUUCCAGACAAGGCUGGAUGGCCCAAGCCUGAUUGUCUCAUCUCUGACAACCACCAUCAUUGGACUGUUGAUGUCGCGCGGCCCCUCAACAUUCCCCGUCUCAUCUUCCAUGGCCCAUCUUGCUUCUUCCUCUUGUGCGAUCACCUCAUAAAUCGACAUAGAGCUGGGCUUGAGGUUGCGGUGGUGGCAGCGUCAGAUGGGUUCACUGUGCUUCAGGGCCUUCCACAUCCCAUUCGAAUCAGCAAGCAAGAUGUGUUCACGCUCUCGCCCUCGGACCCUGACAAGUCCAAAUACAAGGAAACCAUUCGAGUGGCAGAAGAAUCUGCCGAUGGUGUGCUUGUCAACAGCUUCAUGGAGCUUGAGCCCUGGUACUUUGAGAGGUACCGUGAGGAAAAGAGCAAGCCAGUGUGGCCUGUAGGGCCACUCUCACUCUAUAAAGAAGAGCUUGAUGUGAAGGCGGUACGUGGGAGGGCUUCAUCUAUUGACAACAAGAUCCUCUUCCAAUGGCUAGAUAGGCAAGAGGUUGGUUCAGUGGUGCUAGUGAGCUUUGGAAGCAUCAUACGCAACACAAUGGCCCAACUCAUUGAGUUGGGUCACGGGCUGGAAGCAUCAAGGCGACCAUUCAUUUGGGUGGUGAAGGAACUGAUGGAGGAGAAGGUCACUGGGGUGGAGGAGUGGAUAACAGAGUUUGAGAAGAUGGUGGAUGGGAGGGGAAUGAUAAUAAGGAGGUGGGCGCCGCAGGCGGUGAUAUUGGGGCAUGUAGCGGUGGGUGGAUUUGUGACACAUUGCGGGUGGAACUCGAUAUUGGAGGCACUAGCAACAGGAGUGGUUAUGGCAACAUGGCCGCAUUUCUAUGACCAAUUCUUGAAUGAGCGAUUGGUGGUGGAGGUGCUCAAGAGUGGGGUGGCUGUUGGAAUCGAACAAACAGAUUAUUUAGGUGUAGAGAAUCGUAAUGAAGCAGAGGUGAAAAUGAGGAGGGAGGAGGUUGAGAGGGUUGUGGAGAAUUUGAUGGGGGGCGGAGAGGCGGGGGAAGAAAGAAGGCAGAGAGCAAGGGAGCUUGGCAAGCAAGCAAGGGCAGCCAUGGAGGAAGGGGGGUCUUCAUGGAAGGGAUUGCAAGAUGUAAUCAACUAUGUAUCAGAACAUCACAGAAAGUACCAAGAGGCAAACAUUUCAUGCUAAUAAAUUUGUAUAAGAAACUUCUUUUCAUGACUAUUUGAUGAUAAAUGAAUCUCCAUGUAAAAGUAACUGUUGAUAAAAAUUUUUAUUGGAGUUUUCAUAAGGAAUAUGAUUAAUAAAUAAUGCGCAGUUGUUAUAUAGGUUUUGUUAAGGAUUAUGUCGUCAUUUAAUGAUUGAGAAUAUUUUAUGAUCUAAUACAGCUACACUAACAUGGCUCUGUAGUUCUUCAUGCGAUUUUUUUAUGUAGAAAACUUUAAAUAUGUAUGUCAUAAUAUUUUUAAAGCCUUAGAUUCAA